GAUUUUGACCCUGAAUCCCUCCUCCCACUCCAGCCUCUCCUCCUUUCAGUUGCCUCCUCUAACAGCUUCUUUCCCUCAACACGCCCCCUCUCCGCCCAUUCAGCUGGUAUAUAUAGCCCUCCAGAGGAGACCUCAGAGUCUGUACGUCUCCUUUUUGCUGCUGAAUUCCUCAGAAUCCGGAAAAGGGGAGAAGCAGAGGACUCCAGUAUGGCGAAAUGCGGAGAGUGCGGCCCUGGAUACAAAACACCAUUGGAGGCUAUGAAAGGUCCCCGGGAAGAGAUUGUAUACCUGCCUUGCAUCUACAGGAACACUGGAAUAAAGAAACCAGACUACCUGGCCACGGUGGAUGUGGAUCCCAAAUCUCCAACCUAUUGCCAAGUCAUCCAUCGCCUGCCCAUGCCAAAUGUCAACGAUGAGCUCCACCACACUGGGUGGAACGCCUGCAGCAGCUGUUUUGGGGACACCACCAAGAAGCGAAACAGGCUCAUCCUUCCCAGCUUGAUCUCUUCCAGGAUUUAUGUGGUUGAUACAGGCACUGACCUGCGAGCUCCCCGCCUCUAUAAGGCUGUUGAGCCCAUUGACAUGUACUGGAAGUGCAACCUGGCUAAUCCUCACACCACCCACUGCUUGGGCAGUGGCGAAAUUAUGAUCAGCACCAUGGGAGACCCGUCCGGCAAUGGAAAAGGUGGUUUUGUGCUGCUGGACGGGGAGACUUUUGAGGUGAAGGGAAACUGGGAAAAAGGAUCCAAGGUCCCUAAGCUGGGCUACGAUUUCUGGUACCAGCCGAGGCAUAACGUCCUGAUGAGCACAGAAUGGGGAGUGCCCAAGUGCCUGGCAUAUGGGUUUAAUCCAGCUGAUCUGGAAAAAGGCUGCUACGGUGGCAACAUUAAUGUGUGGGACUGGACCACCCAUGAACUCAUCCAGUCGAUCGACGUGGGGAAGAAUUCCAUCCCUCUUGAAAUCCGCUUUCUCCACAACCCCGAUGCGGCAGAAGGGUUCAUCGGCUGCGCCCUCACCAGUGCGAUUCACCGUUUCCACAAGACCGCGAACGGGACAUGGGCAGCCAAGCAAGUGAUCCAGGUCCCCAGCAAGAAGGUGGAAGGGUGGCUUCUUCCCGACAUGCCAGGUCUCAUCACGGACAUCCUCAUCUCCUUGGAUGAUAAAUUUCUGUAUUUUAGCGACUGGCUUCAUGGUGACAUCCGUCAGUAUGACAUCAGCAACACCCAGCAGCCCAAACUGGUGGGACAGGUUUUCGUUGGAGGCAGCAUCGUCAAAGGCGGGCCAGUCACUGUGAUUGACGACCAAGAGCUGGACUGCCAACCAGAUCCAUUUAUCAUCAAGGGAAAGAGGGUUCAAGGCGGGCCUCAAAUGAUCCAGCUAAGCUUGGACGGCAAGCGACUGUAUGUCAGUACUUCCCUCUACAGCGGCUGGGACAAGCAGUUCUACCCAGACAUGGUCAAGGAAGGCUCUGUCAUGUUGCAAAUCGACGUGGACACCAAGAAAGGCGGCUUGAAAGUGAACAAAAAUUUCCUCGUGGAUUUUGGGAAAGAGCCAGAGGGCCCAGCCCUCGCCCACGAAAUCCGCUACCCGGGUGGAGACUGCACCUCCGACAUCUGGAUCUGAGGAAAGCUCCCAGCAGGGCAGAGCGCAGUUGGGCCCUUGGGUGUUCACCCUUUGCCCUUUCUUUGCUCCACAUAUAGAAAUUGAUCUCGGUGGGGCCUCUAACCAGAUUUCCAUGAUCUUGCAGACAGGGAACCAGUUUAUAGUCUGUGGAACAGCACAGUACAGCUUUUCAGGCAGUAAGCAGGGGUGUAGCACGCUAGGAAGCUCCCACAAGAUUAAAAAAACACCUCUAUGCACAUAGAAAACUAGUACGUUAGCAGUAAGGCUUAUGAUCAGCUUUCUCUAUGUAUAGGGAGUCUGGGCAGAGUGGGAAGGGAAGUAUUCCAACAUAUAACUCUCCCUUCCUGAAGGCUGAAGUGGAACCAUGCAUAGCUCAGUCGGUAGAUUAUUAGAAUCUCUGGAACAGUUGUAUUACCUGAUGCUUUUAAUAAUACCAAACUGUCCUCGAAACAAAAUUAAAAAUUAAAAAAAAUCCUUCCAGUAGCACCUUAGAG